AUGCCAGAAGGCGGGAAACGCCAUUCCCAGCAGCGCAUGAAGACGGCGUCUACUGUGGGGAUAGGAAAUGCCAACCGUCUAUUCUACCUAUGCGUCGCUGUUCCAGCGGAUAAUCCACUCCAAGACAUCUUAGAUCAAUUUCCAUCACUUAUCCACCCAUUUACUUAUACAGAGACAGUCAAACACCACACUGUCCACAAGAUUCACACGUCAGGAGCGCCAGUGUUUUCAAAGCCGCGCAGGCUAGCUCCAGACAAAUACAAAUUAGCGCGCGCAGAAUUCCAACAUAUGCUGGACCUAGGAAUUAUACGCCUGUCGUCAAGCCCUUUUGCGUCUCCACUCCACAUGGUCCCUCAGGCACAGGAGGGGCUUGGAGACCCUGCGACUCUGCAAUUUCUUUACAGGAGUCUUGACCAAAUAGACCUACGCAAAGCAUUUUACCAAAUCCCCGUCGCCGAAGAACAUAUUCACAAAACGGCAAUCACAACUCCUUUCGGCCUAUACGAGUUUCUACGAAUGCCCUCCGGUUUGCGAAACGCCGCGCAAUCCUUUCAACAGUUAAUAGAUGAAGCACUUCGUAGCUUGCCUAACUCGUUCGCGUAUAUUGAUGACUUACUAAUUGCAGCGCCAAUGGACGAUCACAAGCGCCAAGUAAAACAAGUUUUUGUGGGACGCAAAAAUAAACCCUGA